AUGUGCAGGGAUGAAUGUAUUGAGGAAAUUAACAAACAAGCGCUUAGAAAUGUGGUUGUUGAAACUGAGAAAAGAUUCAACUAUUUUGCGCGUGAAGCACUGAAACACAUACCUAACAUCUAUUCAGUUGGUUCUUGUUGUCGGGUUGGGAUCAUAUGGAAUAAGAAAUUGUUCAUUGCUAAUUUGGGUGAUUCCAGAGCUGUUUUAGGGCGUGCGAAUCCACGAAAUUUAAGCAAAGUCAUCGCCCAGCCGCUUACAAAUGAUCAUAAUGCGAGCAUGAUGGAAGUGAGACGAGACCUGCAACUCGAUCAUCCAGAGGACCUCAACAUUCUCGAGCGGUUGUUUCUCUCUCUUGGAGAACUGUUUGGACUCUUUAAUUGGAGUGAGUCCGGAGAUGUCGUGGAGGCUAGAAGCGCGGGGAUGGAGGAGAGAGCUAAAGCUUCCCAUAAAGCUUUUGACGAUCCCUUUUCAUUGCUUUUGUCUUCUUUGGCACCAAAACAGAUGCGCCCCCCCCCCCCCCCCAAUGACGGGACUGCUAUGGUGGUCGUCGAUGGCAUUGUGGAGGGUUAG